AUGGCCACCGCCAGGCCUCCCGGGCGCGGCAGCGGAGCCCUGCCCCUGUGGCUGCUCGGUGCUGCGUUGCUGCUGGGGCUGAGGCUCUGCAUGGAGUUGCACCGCCCGGGCUCCGGAUCCCCGGGACGCCACGAUCCCCCGGGACCACCCCGGCCACACCUGCUGUCCCCGCCCGAUCCUCCACGCGGUGCCAGAAGGAGGCAGGUGACCUACGUGCGCAGCGGGCGCCGAGCACUGCCCCGGGGUGGUGGGACCACAACACUGGAGCCAAGCUGUUGCACCCCAGGCGGGCUUCCCAGCAGGAAGGGUCCCCGGUGGCAUAUAGAGCUCCAGCCUUGGGCAGGCCCUGCUCAGUCCCUGGAUGAAGAGGCCUUAAGGUUCCUGAGCUACAUUAGCACCACUCAGAUUGCAUGCGAUCACAUGGGUACAGACAGCUUGGCUACUGACUCCAGCCCUGCAACGAAGCCUUGGCUGGUGUGUCUUGAUGACAGGUUUGGCUUAGCUCAUCAAAUCCGCAGCAAGCAGUGCCGCCUCUACUCCUUAGGCCUGGGAAGUGAUGACACACACUUUGAGGUGAGCAUGGCCAAUGAUGGAUGUGAAGUGCAUCGUUUUGAUCCUAGUGUCAAAUCAGCCCAUGUUCUAGAGAGCCAGCACCUUUGGCAUCACCGCUUGUCCAUUGAUUGGAGGGAUCCACAUCCAGCUGUGGCUGCUCAAAAGUCACAUAGCAACACCAGAAAACUGGGAAGCAUUUUGAAUGAAUUUGGGCAUCACAAGAUUGAUAUUCUCAAGGCAGAUCUGGAAAGUGCAGAAUGGAAAGUUCUAGAAAAUCUCAUUCUAGAAGAUGUCCUUGAACAGAUUGGGCAGCUCGUCUUUGAGAUUCAUCUCCACUGGCCUGGCUUUGAGGUCAGUGGCAGCGAGAGCAGCGUGGUGCGGUUUUGGUACAGCCUCCUGAAGGAGUUGGAGCAGAAAGACUUCAGGCUCUUCCACACCUAUAAAGACUUAUCCAAACCGCAGCUUUUCCUGAAGAAAGACAUUUUCAAUGCUAGCAGCUGCUAUACCCUGAGUUGGGUGAAUACAAGAUGGAAGUAG